CAGAAACCCAAACGGCUCGAACAAGACUCUGUAACGACUGUUUAACCACAGGAAACCGUCCACGCAACAUUUGUACCUCUUUUUUAAUACGUAAACAUCCACAAACAACAUGCCGCAGAACGAGCACAUUGAGCUGCACCGUAAGCGCCACGGUUACCGGCUCGACCACCAUGAGAGGAAGCGCAAGAAGGAGAGCCGUGAGGCGCAUGAGCGCUCCCACAAAGCCAAGAAGCUCAUCGGUCUGAAAGCCAAACUGUACAACAAACAGAGGCAUGCUGAGAAGAUCCAGAUGAAGAAAACAAUUAAGAUGCACCAACAAAGAAGAACCAAACAGAAAGACGAUGACAAGACACCAGAAGGAGCAGUUCCAGCUUAUCUGCUGGACAGAGAGGGCCAGUCUCGUGCCAAAGUUCUGUCUAACAUGAUCAAACAGAAGAGGAAGGAGAAAGCUGGAAAGUGGGAGGUCCCUCUUCCCAAAGUGCGUGCUCAGGGUGAGACGGAGGUUCUGAAGGUGAUCCGAACCGGAAAGAGGCAAAAGAAAGCCUGGAAGAGAAUGGUGACCAAAGUGUGCUUCGUUGGAGAUGGCUUUACACGCAAACCACCAAAAUACGAGCGCUUCAUCAGGCCGAUGGGUCUAAGGUUUAAGAAGGCGCACGUAACUCACCCAGAGCUGAAGGCUACAUUCUGCCUGCCCAUCCUGGGUGUGAAGAAGAACCCCUCCUCUCCCCUCUACACCACACUUGGGGUCAUCACCAAGGGAACAGUCAUCGAGGUCAACAUCAGUGAGCUCGGUCUGGUCACACAGGGCGGCAAGGUCAUCUGGGGUAAAUAUGCACAGGUGACCAAUAACCCAGAGAACGAUGGCUGCAUUAAUGCCGUGCUGUUGGUGUAAUGGAAUUGACGAACUGUGCGCUGUACGUGCAGCUUUGGACCACAGUGGCAUUGAAUUAUUGACAUUUUCUUCCAAAACGCAGGAGGAUAUGGCAGGAAAAUCAACCUGACUGGCUAACAAAAAGAGUCAGGGGUGCAGUCCUGGACGGAAAUUCAACCAAACCAAAUUAGUGACUUUUUCCUGAUCUAACGCAACUGUUUCAACUGAGCAGCUCUUCUUACCAGUGGUGUGUUAGAACAUGGAAAACACUAAACUUGGCUAUGCUCGUGCAGAGGAGCUCGUGGAUCGUAUUAAAGAUCUUUUCAAAUUAAA